ACAAAAUUUUAUAAAAUAUAGAAAAGCGUUUAAGUUGAGAUUCAAAAUUAAUAAUUAUAUUUUAAUAAAAUGUUCAUUACAGUAAUUAAUUUUUUAUGUUUAACACUUAUUUUAUCAAUCGUUGAGAGUAGUCAUAACUUUGAAGAUACUGCAAUAAAAUUAAAAACAACAUUAAAAACGGUAUUAAAUAGGGUAAAAGUUGACAUUGAUGGAGUAGAGUUGCAUUACAAUAUAAUUGAAGGUGGGGAGAUAGUGCUUGUCAUUAUUAAUGGACAACGUGAAAUACCUUGUAAGUCCUACUACCAAGAUCUAUUGUUAUAUCUCGAUAACAAAUAUUACACAAUAAUCUUAAUUGAUAUUCCUGAAUUUGACGAUAGUAUCCCAAAUUCAAAUCUUACAGUUAAUAAUUACUUAGACAAAGAUGUAGGUGUUGUGAUCAGGACAUUAAGAAAAUUGGAUAUUUUUGAAUAUUCAGUUUUAGGAUGGGCUUAUGGAGGCAUUGUAGCAUUAUCUAUUGCAGCUGUAGAUACAGAUAUGGUAAAAAAUAUCGUUAUAAAAGAUGUUUAUCCAAAGCCAGAAAUAUAUUUUGAAUCGUCUCAAAAAUUUGAGAAUAAGGAACAAUGGAGUAAAAAAGUUUUAAAUAAAAUUACAGCAAGAGUUUUAAUUGUUUAUAUGUCGAAUGAAAAUUUUUCUAAACAAGAAGCACUAUAUUUAGAAAAAUGUAUAAAAAAUACAAUACUUCAAAAGUACCGUGCAACAAUGAAUUUAAAACAAAUGGGCCAUAUGAAUUUCUUUACGAAAUUAAUACCUAAUACGAUUAAGCCGAAAAAUGCUCUGAACAACAUUGUGGAUAUUUUUUUGCGAGAUGAACUACAUUAAUAUAUUUAUUUAAAAUUAUAUUAUUAGAGUUAAAAAAAGUCAUAGAUAAUUCUUGGUUCAUAAGUAAUUGUAUUUUAAACCUGAUUAAAUUUUAAAAUAUUGAAAAUUA